CCACAGUUCGGUUGCGCUGCGAAGCGCAGCUGUGAGGGAGUCUCUCUGAUCCGGGGCCCCGGAACCAGAGCUGGAGCUGAAGCGCAGGCGGCGGGGAGCAGAGCGGGGAGGCCUGAGCGUUCAUUCCAGCAUGUCUGAAGGGGAGUCCCAGACAGUACUCAGCAGUGGCUCUGACCCAAAGGUAGAAUCCUCAUCCUCAGCUCCUGGCCUGACAUCAGCGUCUCCUCCCCUGACCUCCACGAACUCAGCUCCUUCCCCAGAGGAAGAAGAAGAAAGUGAAGAUGAGUCUGAGAUCUUGGAAGAGUCACCCUGUGGGCGCUGGCAGAAAAGACGAGAAGAGGUGAAUCAGCGGAAUGUACCAGGUAUUGACAGUGCAUACCUGGCCAUGGAUACAGAGGAGGGUGUAGAGGUUGUGUGGAAUGAGGUACAGUUCUCAGAGCGAAAGAACUACAAGCUGCAGGAGGAAAAAGUCCGUGCUGUGUUUGAUAAUCUGAUUCAGUUGGAGCAUCUCAACAUUGUUAAGUUUCACAAGUAUUGGGCUGACAUUAAAGAAAACAAGGCGAGGGUCAUUUUUAUCACUGAAUACAUGUCUUCUGGGAGUCUUAAGCAAUUCCUGAAGAAGACAAAAAAGAAUCACAAGACUAUGAAUGAAAAGGCUUGGAAACGCUGGUGUACACAAAUUCUCUCUGCCCUAAGCUAUCUGCACUCCUGUGACCCCCCCAUCAUCCAUGGGAACCUGACCUGUGACACCAUCUUCAUCCAGCACAACGGACUCAUCAAGAUUGGCUCUGUCUUUCAUAGGAUUUUUGCUAAUGUGGCUCCUGACACUAUCAACAAUCAUGUGAAGACAUGUCGGGAAGAGCAGAAAAAUCUACACUUCUUUGCACCAGAGUAUGGAGAAGUCACUAACGUGACAACGGCAGUGGACAUCUACUCUUUUGGCAUGUGUGCACUGGAGAUGGCAGUGCUAGAGAUUCAGGGCAAUGGAGAGUCCUCAUAUGUGCCACAGGAAGCGAUCAGCAGCUCCAUCCAGCUUCUAGAAGACCCAUUACAGAGGGAGUUCAUUCAGAAGUGCCUGCAGUCUGAGCCUGCUCAAAGACCAACAGCCAGAGAACUUCUGUUCCACCCUGCACUGUUUGAAGUGCCCUCGCUCAAACUUCUUGCUGCCCAUUGCAUCGUGGGACACCAACACAUGAUCCCAGAGAAUGCUCUAGAGGAGAUCACCAAAAACAUGGAUACCAGUGCCGUCCUGGCUGAAAUCCCUGCAGGACCAGGAAGAGAUCCAGUUCAGACUUUGUACUCUCAGUCACCAGCUCUGGAACUGGAUAAAUUCCUUGAAGAUGUCAGGAAUGGGAUCUAUCCCCUGACAGCCUUUGGGCUGCCUCGGCAUCAGCAGCCACAGCAGGAGGAGGUGACAUCUCCUGUGGUGCCCCCCUCUGUCAAGACUCCAACACCUGAACCAGCUGAGGUGGAGACCCGCAAGGUGGUGCUGAUGCAGUGCAACAUUGAGUCGGUGGAGGAAGGAGUCAAACACCAUCUGACGCUUCUGCUGAAGCUGGAGGACAAACUGAACCGGCACCUGAGCUGUGACCUGAUGCCAAAUGAGAACAUCCCUGAGUUGGCAGCUGAGCUGGUCCAGCUGGGCUUCAUUAGCGAGGCUGACCAGAGCCGACUGACUUCCCUGCUGGAGGAGACCCUGAACAAGUUCAAUUUUGCCAGGAACAGCCUCAAUUCAGCCGCUGUCACCGUCUCCUCUUAGAGCUCACUCGGGCCAGGCCCCUGAUCUGAGCUGUGGCUGUCACUAGAAGUGCUACAGCUUUCCUGCCCUUUCCCCCCAGUCAGUAUUACCCUGUGAAGCCCCUUCUCUCCUUCAUUAUUCUGGAGAGCUUGGGGCUCCCUGGUUCUGAGCAUCACCGGCCCCUUCCCCCACCCCUUCCUCCCCUCUGCACUUUGUUUACUUGUUUUGCACAGACAUGGGCCUGGGCCUUUUCAGCAGCCGCCUUCUAGUUGGGGGCUAGUAGCUGACUGCCGGUUCCCGCCCUGCCUGUGUGGAAAGGAGCCCGCGGGCAAUGUGGGAGCAGAAUUCUACAAUCCCGGGACAGGCGGGAGAAGGGUGGUGCUGCAGUGGUGGCCCUGGGGGGGCCAUUGGAUUCGCCUCAGUUGCUGCUGUAAUAAAAGUCUACUUUUU